CGAGGCGGCAGCGGUUCCGAAGCUUCAUUCGAUGAAGGCGAGUGCCGGGCUCACAAGUCACACGGGAACCCCGAGUUCCCUUGAGGUUCAGUUCUCAGUAAACCUGUCUCCGUCGCCGUUCCUCUUUGCCCUAGCCGGGAGUAGGAGCUUGGCAUCUAGGAGCCAGCCACUAGCUCCACAGCGCGGCUGCGCAGUGCACGUGCGCAUCCUCCCUGGAGCCUCGGCGACUGGCUGUGACGCAACUUCCGGCGUGAGCGGCGAAAGCCGGGAGGACGAGCAAGAUAGCGAGCAGGCAGCAGGCAGCAGGCGGGCGGGCCGACCGCACGGAGGGAGGGUGCGAACGACCAGUGAGUGAGCCAGCGAGAUCAGCCGCGUCCCGAAAGCAGUCGAGAUUCCUCCCGUCCCUCUGACCCCCUCCCCGGAGCCCACAGCGCCUCCGGUCUCCAGCGGAGCGGACACGGCCCGACCCGGCCAUGGCCUCGUUGCUGAAGGUGGAUCAGGAAGUGAAGCUCAAGGUUGAUUCUUUCAGGGAGCGGAUCACAAGUGAGGCAGAAGACUUGGUGGCGAAUUUUUUCCCAAAGAAGUUGUUAGAACUUGAUAGUUUUUUGAAGGAACCAAUUCUAAACAUCCAUGACUUAACUCAGAUCCACUCAGAUAUGAAUCUCCCGGUCCCAGACCCCAUUCUUCUCACCAAUAGCCAUGAUGGACUGGAUGGUCCUACUUACAAGAAACGAAGGUUGGAUGAGUGUGAAGAAGCCUUCCAAGGAACCAAGGUGUUUGUGAUGCCCAAUGGGAUGCUGAAAAGCAACCAGCAGCUCGUGGAUAUUAUUGAGAAAGUGAAACCUGAGAUCCGGCUGCUGAUUGAGAAAUGCAACACGGUCAAAAUGUGGGUACAGCUCCUGAUUCCUAGGAUAGAAGAUGGGAACAACUUUGGAGUGUCCAUCCAGGAGGAGACAGUUGCAGAACUAAGAACUGUUGAGAGUGAAGCAGCAUCUUAUCUGGACCAGAUUUCUAGAUAUUAUAUUACAAGAGCCAAAUUGGUUUCUAAAAUAGCUAAAUAUCCCCAUGUGGAGGACUACCGCCGCACCGUGACAGAGAUUGAUGAGAAAGAAUAUAUCAGCCUGCGGCUCAUCAUAUCAGAGCUAAGGAAUCAGUAUGUCACUCUACAUGACAUGAUCCUGAAAAACAUCGAGAAGAUCAAACGGCCCCGGAGCAGCAAUGCAGAGACACUGUACUGAGGCCAGGGCCAGGGCCAGGGGACUCUGUGAGUCUGGCUCAAGACCGACAUUGCCUUGGUUUGUUACAUGACUAUCGUGAUGGGGAAACUGGCUGGAAAUAGUAAUCACACCUCUCUCUGUUUUUAGUUAGAGUCUAAUGAAACUCUCAUGUAGUUCUGUGACGUGUUUACCUCUUUUUUCAGGCCUCAGGAACUCUUCUAUUUCCUCCCCUAAUACCCCACACCCGACCUGUCCUAAUUUCUGGAGAAUUCCAGGUUUGUGUGUGCAAGAUACUGGCACAAGAAUACUGGUGUUUUCUCUCUCCUCCUCAUCUCCUCCUGUGUCUCUGGCUUUGUGAUUUUUUUUUUUCUUCCUUUUGAUGAUCAGAUGGCUAGAAGCUGAGGGAACUAGAAGGAAGACCUGGGUGUUUUUUAGGAACUUGGCUUGGGAAACAGCUCCUCUUUUCCUAAUGUAGGGCUAGCAUCUCUGCUUCUAUGGAACAUUGAGCCUCCCUGCCACAGUUGCCCUAAUGAUGACUAUGCAUCCUACCUUGAAUCUGAUCAUGACAACAAACACCUUAGACUUUCAGCCAAGUCCUUAGUCCUUCCAAUAUUUUUAUAACUAGGAUUCUCACCUGCACAUAUGUACUUGCAUACACACACACACACAGACCAGACACAUGCACACCUGCCUUCCUACUCUGUUACAUGACAUUUCCCCUCCCCCACCCCGGAAUCCUCAUACCUUUCAGGUGAUCGAUGUCUUAGUUGUCAGCUGCAGGGGCCCAGCGUCUCUGAUAUUGUGACCUUUUGGUGCCCAGGGUGAACUGGAAGGGAAAGAGAGACGAGAAGCAGAGGGAGAGUGCAAGGCCCCUUCUCUGUGACUUGGGCCCAUUUGGGCAUUACUGCAAAGGCUGGUCCUCUGAUUCCUGGUUGCCACUUCCCAGGCCAGUUUUAAUUUGGGGUGGGGAUGAGGACCAGAUGCUGCUGCUCCUGCUAGGCUUUCCCUUUGGGGAAAAUAUUUCUCUUAUUUAUAGUAUUGUGCUUCCAGGGAAAGCAUCCGUGUGUGUGUGCGUGCACACAUACUUAGACCGUGUGCGUGCGUGUAUGUACAUACGUGCGUCAGUAAAUCUGUUGGGCAAGUCAAAUCCAUAGAGGAGUUGCCUAUUUUUCAGAUUCUAGAGCUUAUUGUUAACAGCUUUUAUGUUCGCCCAGGUCAGCCCCUCCUGUUUCCUUCUCCCACUACUAGAGAGUCCUGAUCUGCAGUCAGCCUGCUGGAGACCCCGCGCUUCUUUUCCGCUUACCCCUCUGUGUCUGUCUUCCAACCCGCACUUGCAUUUCCACCCGGGCGCAUCCCUUCACUCCCAGUGUGCUCUGUAGAGAAGGAGUCCCGAUGCUGUCUUUCCAUGAGUAGUGCUCAGUAACAAACCAAUUGCAUUUUAGUUGGGCAGUGCCCUGUCCACCCCCCAGGCCCCUUCCUGCUGAAACCCAUCCCUCUCCUACCAUGUUUCUCAGUUUCCCUUUUUGUUUUUUGGAUGGUUCCACCGCCCCUCCUCCUCACCCUACCAGCCUUGGAUCGUAAUGUUAAUUCUUUUACCAUGUUAAGAAAUUAUUAAAAAUACAGGUACUUUGACCUCUUUCUAAAGCUGCAGACCUUGGUGCAAUGCUCUGGUGGCUAGGGGCACAAUCACACUCGUGUUCACACUUGAACACCCAUCUCCACAUUCACAUAUUUCAGCCACCCUAGUGGGUGUCUUUGUUACCAGUUGAGUUGCUGCUUUUCUUUGGAAUGAUGGAAUGACUGAGGCUUCUGCCUACCAAGAGGCAAGGCUUGGUCUGUCAUUUGUGUUCAGUGUGAAUUGUGUAAGUUAGCUCUUCUGAAACCUGAACUGCCUUCUGUUCCUGUGUGCGCAAGAUCCCGGUUCCCUCCGUGCUUCCCUGUGGUACCCAGGAGCUGCCAGUAGAGGCUGCUGUGGUUCUGUGAACCUGGAAUGACCUGGUUCAAGGCACACCCUACCCUGUCGUUUUCUUUACCUUCCACUACUUCUCCCCUCUGACAAUAUCUUAAAUUUCUUAGGAGGUGCCAGAAACUCAUGCUUUUGGUUUUCAAAUGACUUGGAGGGCUGCCUAGGACCCUAGCUCCCUCUGAAAUAAAAGUUUCCUCAACUUCC